UCAGCAUCGGCAGCGGCAGCGGCGAGAAAGCAACCUGCAACAAUCGCAAUGCUCAAUGGAAACGCUUUUACGGUUAAGCGGCUCUUAGCGCUGCUCAUCAUCUUCACAGUGCUGCACAGGAGUGAGGCCCUGGAGCUCGGAGACAAGUGCCAGCAUGAUAUGGACUGUACAGAUUUCAUCAAGGGCUCCAGCUGCUCGGCCCUGGGCUACUGCGAGUGUGCGCCAUAUUUUGUUCAACUGAAUUCCAAGCGCUGUUUGUCAUCCCAACUCUUAGGCGGCGACUGCCAGCUGAGCGAGCAGUGCUCGAUGAAGGUGGCCAACAGCAGCUGCCUGGAUGGGGCAUGCCGCUGCGUCGAGGGAUUCUUGCAGUUCCGCAAGCACACCUGUCUGGGACCUGCCCACCCCGGCGCCGUCUGCUACAGCCACGCCCACUGCCAAAUGUUCGACACUCGCACCCACUGCGACUUCCUGAUCCCCAAUCUGUUCGGACGCUGCCAGUGCACGGCUCCCGCCAAGAUGGUCGGCGGUCUCUGCCUGGCCCCAGCCGCCGAUGAGGAAGCGGAAGAGAAGCCCGUCGAGAAGGUGGAGAAGGUGGAGAAGGUGACAUCCACAACAACAUCCACAACCACCACCCCAGAGCCCACAACCAGGAGAACCACUACUACCACAACGACAACUCCUGCACCCACCACCACAACGACCACAACUGCUGCUCCAAUCUUGCUGGAGGAUGAGCUGCCAGCCAGCGUGGAGGAGCAGACCCUGGAGGAAGACGAUGGCGAGGCCGCCAAACUGAGGCCAGAGAUCUCCGAGCUGGACAAUGGCGAAAAGCUGGAGGCCAUAGACAUGGCCCACGAGGAGACAGAGCUCACCCAACAGCAGGAGCAGCAGGAUGCGGAGAAGGAACAGCAAGAAGCAGCUGCUGCUGCGGCAGCAUCGCAUGGCACAGCUGAAGAUGGUGCCACAACUGGAGUCCAGCAGCUGCUGACACCCGCCGAUGUGCCCACCGAGAAUGGCGUCGGUGUGGAGCAGGAGACGGAAGGCGGCCCCACCGAGGACUAUCCCUACAAGAUCGAUGAGGAGUAUACAGAGGAGCACGAAAGCAGGCCCGAUCUGGUGGGAGAACAGCCCGAACACCAAUACGAGGCAUCUGCACCCGCACCCGAGCCCAUUAAAGCCGACGAGGAUGCUGUGGAGGCCUCGGGGGCUGAAGAGAUUGCCUCAUCGGCCGUCGACGAUACCAUGAAAUUCGAUUACGAAACGCCCGUCGAGGAGGCGGAGAUGGAGGCUGACAAAGAGGUGGAGUCGCAACCACAGACAGUAGACCAUCAUGAUGUUGAUGAGGUGGUGCCCAUUGAGGCCGAGAGCGAGACUGAUGCGGAGGCAACCACUCAGCCACAGACGCAGACACAGACCCAGACCCAGACCCAGACCCAGACCCAGACGCUGCUGCAGGAUGAAGACGACCAGGAGUCAGACCAGACAGUGGCUGACGAGGAAUUGAUACCCGUGAAUGGAGCUGUAGCUAGCGGAGCAGAAAUUGAAAGUGUGACGAAGGUGACAGAAGAAGAGGUACCUGAAGAGGCGGAGGCGGAGGAGGAGGAGGAGGAGGAAGAUCAAGCUUCGGGGGAUCAUGAGAUGGAGACGCCAGACGCCACGGCAGUGCCUAAUGAUGAGGUCCCACCCAAGCAGAUGGACGAUCAGCAGGAGAAGGAGGAGCCAACAGAAGCGCUGAAGAUCGAAGUGCCGGCAAAGGUGGAACCAGAGAGUGAAAGCCAAAACGAAGCGGAAAAGGAACAGCCUGAGGAGGAGCAGGUGGAGGAGGAAGAGGUGGAGAAGCCAGAGACACAAACCGAAGCCUCAGAAAUGGAGCCAGCAACAGAACCAGAGACGGAGACGGAGACUGAAAUCGAUCAACCAGAACAAAGCGCCGACAUCAAGCCGACAAGUGGCGAAGAUGAUUUAAAUGAAGCCAAUCAAUUAAAUCAAGAUCAAGACCAAAAGCCACAGGCACAGGCACAGCCAGAGAUUGCGAUCGAGGCUGAGAAGGGGGAGGAGAAUGUGGAAGAGAAAGAGCCAGAACCAGAGGCAGACAUCCAUCAAGAUGCAGAUGAAGCCACAACAGAGCCACAAGAAAUCAAAGUGAAACCAGUCGAAGAGGAGAAGCAACAGCCAGAGGAAGACACUGAAACGGAGACGGAGGCGGAGACGGUGGCAAUCACCGAAGCAGAGCACGAACAAUUGACAUACCCAACAAAUGAUGAUGAAUUGGCGCCAGCCGAGUCCCAGCCAGAGGAAGAGCCAGCGCAAGAGCAGGAGCAGCAGACCACAGAGGCGGCACCCCGUGAACCAGAAAUUUCUAAUGUCCAAGAGGAGAUCGCCACAGAGCUGCCUGAACAGCAGCAGGUGGAGCAAGAAGCAGAGGUGGAGGCAGCGGCAGAGGCAGAGGCAGAGGCAGAGGAGGAGAUCGUGGAGGAAAAUGCAAAUGCAAUUAAAACGCCUGAAGUGUCGGAAGAAGUUGCAGAGCCCGAGGCACAGGCAGAGCAGAGCCCAGAAGAGCUGCAAACCGAAUCAGUGACAGAGAAGGACGCAGAAGUAAAGCCACAGGCCGUUGCUAAUGAUGAGGUGUCGCAGGUGGAUGUGAAUCAAGAUGUAGCACAGCUGCCAAUUAAGACACCCGAAGAUAUUGAGCCGGAAGCCAGCGAAGCUCUGACAGAGAUCACUCCAUCAUCGGAUCUGGAAACCGAAGUGCAAGACGAAACUGUCACCGAACAAAGUGAAAGUGCAGAGGAGCAGCCGGAAAGCCAGAAAGAUGAAACGGAAACCAUCAAAAACGAAAAUGAUAACAUCAUCCAAGGAGCCGAACCGAAUGUCGAUCAAGAAACUAUUCCAGAGCCCGAGCUCGAGCCAGCGGCACAGUCAGAGCCACAGCAUGUUGUCCCCGAAGAAGAGGAAGAGCUGAUCAAGCCAGAGAUGGACUACACCAGCAUCGAGCACCUCCAAGAGCUGCCCAAGCAGGAGGACGAGCCCAAGCCAGUUGUCAUUGAAGAGGCGGAUUACACCCAAUCCACUGUGGCCCCUCAGAUCAGUGUGGAGCCCAGUGCGAUUGUGAGCGAGGAGCAGGACCAGGAACAAGAUCUGGAGAAGUUCCAUGAGAGCGAAAGCAUUGCCGACAUCCUCAGCGACCUGAUGCUGGAGGGAGACAGCACCGUUCCUCCAGUGCCCUUCGGCCAGCAGCCCGCUCAGACCGUGCCAAUGGUAGAGGCCAACGAGGAUAACGAGGAGGCCCAAGCGGAAGAGGCUAUUCCCGAUCUCGUGGCAGAGGCCGAUGAAACACACGAUCAGGUGCAUGUCGAGCAGGUCCAGGCCCCAGAUCAGACAGAGGAGCAAGUUCCCGCCAUUCCAGAUCUCUUUGCGGAGGCAGCAAAUGAUGAAGAGCAGGAGGAGGAUCAGGCCACACCCAUUCCUGAACAGGCAGCAGCGGAAGAGGAGCCCCAGCAGGAAUCCACCACGGAUGCCAAGGUGCAAGCGGAUGAAGAGAAGCUGAUUACCUUCUAUCCAGAGGAACAGCAGGAGACCGAAUCGAUUCCAGAGGAAGCCACCACCGUUAAGGAACCCCAGACACAGGAGCAGCAGCAGCAGCAGCAGGAGGAAGAGGAGCACACCUUGUCUCCCGAGGAGCUACCCUUCGACCUCAGCGAUCACUCUCAGCCCAUUCGCAUCAACGAGCUCGAGUCGGACAACCUGAUUGUAGAGUCCACCACCGUCACCGAUGGCAUCCAUGAGCUGGACAGCAACCACAUCGAAGAAGAGCCUGCCUCCCAUCCCAUCGCCCAUGAGGAGGCUACGCCCAAUCCCGCCGACAUCGUGGAGAUCACCACCCAGACGAUGCUGGGCCUGGCUAGCCGUGUGACCCUAAUGGAGCCCGCUGCCCCCGUGGCUACCACCCUGAUGCCCCUGAUGCCCUCAGAUGAGCCCACACCCGAGCCAGUGGUGCCGGCCUUCUCUUCGUCCCUGCUCAAACCUGGAUCGGAGCUGCGCAAGCGCGUGGAUCUCGGCCUGGAGGCCAUCUCCCUGGGCCUGCCCUGCAGCAGCGAUCGUCAGUGCCAGCUCUCGGAUCCCCACACGGUGUGCAAUGGACGGGGAGUCUGCGACUGUGCCGGUAGCAGCGAGAACGGAGGCCAAUGCAGUGCCCAGAGAACAGGAUGCAGUCCGGGAACAUUCCAGUGCCGCUCCAGUGGCGUCUGCAUCUCCUGGUUCUUUGUGUGCGACGGACGCGCCGACUGCAACGAUGACUCCGACGAGGAGUGCACCCACAAUGCCCGCCUGAACCAGACCUGUCCCACGGAGUCGUUCCGCUGCCAGCGCAGCGGUCGCUGCAUCUCCCGCGCCGCCCUCUGCGACGGACGCAAGCAGUGUCCCCACGGCGAGGAUGAGCUGGGAUGCGACGGCAGUUUCAAGGGCGGCAACGCCUGUCCCGAGCACACGUUCCGCUGCAAGAGCGGCGAGUGCCUGCCGGAGUACGAGUACUGCAACGCCAUUGUGUCCUGCAAGGAUGGCAGCGACGAGCCGCCACAUCUGUGCGGCUCUCGGUCCGUGCCCAGCCUGUUCAUGCGUCUGAUCGAGGCGGGUGGCCUUCUGGGUGGUGGACGCCGCGAGGCGGACGCCUAUUGUCCGCAUCGUUGCAGCAACGGACUGUGCCGCUCUACGGCCAUUGUGUGCUCCGGACGCGAUGGAUGCGGGGAUGGCACCGACGAACAGACCUGUGCCGUGUGUCGUUGUCCUGCCCCAACUGCUGCCAGCCUGCCCGGAUAUCUGGCCCGGCAGCGCCCCAUGCCACUGUGGUAGGGGACAUAGGAUAGGGAUCGGAAACCAAUUAUCCAACACCGACUGCAACGU